AUGUCAGCCUCGGACGCAGCAGAAAGGCUCGUUGCUGUGGCUAGCAGCUUGCGGCUCAGGCCUGCCUGGCUUGAUCAACAACGAGAUCAGAUCGGUAGCAACUUGUCAGUUGAACAGGCUGCAGACAGAUUGCUGCAGCGUCUCGCUGUCGCAGAUUUGCGAGAUGCCUGCGAUGGUUCGUUGCCACGCCAUCUCGACCGACUGCAUGACAUUCGUGUUGAGGGCCAGCACCUCCUGCAGAUGUUGCAGAAGGUGGACAUUGCAAAUCCAUCGGCCCCGGAGGAUUCAGUCGAGGGAGACUUUCAGGAUGGGCUGGCCGAGGAAGUUUCUCGAAGACAUGGUGGCAGACAAAGACCGCUGCUUUUGAAGGUGCUGUUGACAGAUGGCAUUCAGGCUGUCUGUGGUAUCGAGCGGCGGCCAAUUGCUGCUCUGCGACAGGCCAUUCCCGGAUCCAAGUUGGUUCUGGGCAACAGACCUCUGCUGAGACGGGGCCUGCUGCUCCUCGAGCCUACAAAUGUGGAAGCUCUCUGUACGCUGGCGCAGGCGGGUGCCGUGGAGACGUUGGAGACUGCCGCGAGCUCCUCCGGCCGUGAUGUCGCCCCUCAAAGGUCGAUCGCAAGUGCUGCUUCUGUUGCGGCUGGUGGUGCUGCUCAGCAAGCAGGCAACGUCAGUGGUGCGGAGGGCAAGGUCAUCCGCUGCUACGUUGCCCGAGCUGCCCCAGAUGCAGGACGAGCGGGUUUGUGGCUCCAGUUGUGCGAUGGCGAAGGAUUUUGCGAAGCACUUCUGCAACCGCCUGCGCUGCAGCAAACGCUGGGUGCAGGAGACUUGGACAGCCUCUUGGGCCGAGCGCGACAGCUCCACGGCUUUUUCCGACUCGUGCAGACAGGCGACACCUUUCAGAUCGAGUCUUUCCGUCUUGGCCCUUCCAGGCAAGACCUGGAGCAACUGGAGCGGCACUUGGUCGCAGGUGCCGUGGAGACGUUGGAGACUGCCGCGAGCUCCUCCGGCCGUGAUGUCGCCCCUCAAAGGUCGAUCGCAAGUGCUGCUUCUGUUGCGGCUGGUGGUGCUGCUCAGCAAGCAGGCAACGUCAGUGGUGCGGAGGGCAAGGUCAUCCGCUGCUACGUUGCCCGAGCUGCCCCAGAUGCAGGAGAGGGCGACACCUUUCAGAUCGAGUCUUUCCGCCGAAGCCCCGCGGCAGAGGAGUUGGAAAUGCGAUUGACUGACGCACCACAAAUCCCGUACCGAGACCCCAACAAAGGGGUGUUGCAAAAACACUGUCCGACGAUGAGGUUCCACGCAGUGCGUGAGCUUUAUUUCAGCCUCAAGCACAGAUUUCUUUUAACUGUGUGA